AUGGUGGAUACCUACGGUGAUCCUUUGGCGGACAAUCUUUCCGACCUCAGCAGCCCAUCUAGCCCUACGCAGGCUGCCUCAACGAGCGGUAGUGAAGAGCCAUCAUCAAAGGAGAUCAACCGCCGACUGGCCCAAGCUCUGGAAUACUUGGAUGACGAAGGAGGUGAUGACUCUCCCGCGACAUAUAUGGAGCAUGUAGCCAAAAUCGAUGACUAUCUCGUACAGCAAUUGCCUCGGCAAGGGGCCAACUUCGACGAUGCGCUCUAUCAACACUUGCGCGGUACGGUUAGGCAAGAGCUGGAGGCUUAUGAUGCAGCUAGACAAAGCACACAAACCGUGAUGGAGAACAGAGAGUCUUUGCGGGAAAGGGGAUCUGAUGCAACCGUGACGCACGCGUUAUACCGAGAAGAUGAGCAGAUUUAUGAUCCUGUGACUGGGCCCCUGAGAAAAGGCCAGAAAACACAGAAAACGGUGCAAACCAGCCGGACAUUCAAGUACGGAGGACCGUCCAGUGAUGCUGAGGUUUGGCACAGAAAUUUCCCAGCGAUCCUGCCCUUCCCCGAAACACAUCAACUGGCGUACUGGGAAAAUCUCAAAAUUGCCUAUGACCUUCAUGAAUCUGUGAAAAAGCAGAAAGCAGAGGGUGACGUUGUCGAGACCAACGUAUCCUUCGACCAUCCAGCUCUUGACCAAUACAAAAGUCUUGCUUUGUACGAAUCUGGGUCCCGAUUCAAACUCCCGAUGCCAUCAAAGCAGAUUGAAGAAGAGAUAAAGCGGUUGUGCACGGCCGAUCAAAUCGCAAAAGCUGUGGAAGAAUUCAACGCUGGCGAAGAGAAGGAUGAGUUUGGAAAGAAAUAUGCUCCGCGGAUCUUCCUGGAUAAGCUGAGCGUUCAGCAGAAAGAUGGCCCAACGAAUAUUCGACGUGCUGUAAAUGCUUCACCCACCAAGCCACGUCACCGUGUAGUGCAAAGUGCAACGGUUUCGAGCACUAUCGCUGAAGCCACACCAACUAUGGUUCAGACUCCCGCCAAGUUGUCAUCCGGAAAGUCACAAGCGUCUUUGCCGCGGACACGAGAAAACAGAGUGGCUAUUGCAAAUGACCUGGUUCGUAUUGCAAGGGAAGAGGCCCAGUCUGCAGAAAAGAGUGCACGUGCUGCGAGAGAAAAAGCACGCAAAGCAGUACUAGAUGCUCUCAGGAUAGCAGACCAAGCCAACGGAAAACUGACAUCGGACAAUCAUGUGUCAUCCCCUGUUUCUAGAAUGAUCAAUCGAGAACGUGAGAUGUCGCUCGAGAAGAGUCCAAGACGUCAGAGUGGCGUCAGCACUGCGCCAACAAGUGCUGAAACAACUCCAACAACGGAUGCCGUUCCUAUCGAGGAGUCUGACGAUACACCUGGAUCUGAGACACCGGUAGUGGAUGUGUCGCAGUUGGAACACACACCCGCCGAUAUUACCACGCCCAAGCCCAGCAGCGGCAGGACUGUUAGGCGCAAACGUAGUAUUGGUGAUGAAGCCUAUACUCCGGAGAGCAAGCGCAACAAGGUUGGGACGCCUUCAUCGCUGGGGAAGGGUGCCACUGGCAAGCACCAGACUUCGGGAAAGUCGACAAGCUCGUCCCGAACCGCUGCAGCUACCAAGAAAUCUCCGGUUGCCAAGAAGUCUGCAACAAAGCCUAGGACAAAGCCCGGACGCAAGCCUGGAAACACUGCCGCAGUGGUCAAGCAAGAGAACAGUAAAGCUACUGCGGCAGGUAAAGCGGUGCGUCGUAUACGGGCGAAAAAGGUAGAGAGGGCGCAUGUUGAUGUUGAUGAGCCGAUGGAGGAGCUCGACGAGACUAUUGUGGACAUCACAAAGGUGAGAGGCACAAGGGGAGGAGCGAGACAUGCCAAAUGA